AACAUUAACUAGCAAGAACCCCUGUGCUGCUGCUGCCCUGAACCAGAACUGGGUGUGCCAAGAUUAAAAGAGAGAGACAGCUGGAGUUUGCAGCAGUCAGGUACUGCUGCAUUUCAGGAUGGAGCCAUCCCCUUUUAAUAGAAGGCAGUGGACUUCACAUUCUCUGAGGAUCACCGCCAAAGAGUUGUCUCUGGUCAACAAGAACAAGUCAUUGGCUCUUGCAGAGAGGUUCUCAAGGUACCAAAAGGCAGCUGAGGAAGCAACUGCAGAGAAAAAAAGAAGUAAUGCAGAAAAUCUUCCCCCUCAUUUUAAAAGAGGGACCCUCAGCGUCUUGAAGAAGAAGUGGGAAAAUCCGGUUUCAGGGACGGAAGCUCGGAAGGAAACACUACGAAGCAGCUGUGCUGAGGUUAGGCAGAAGUCUGUCAGCCCCACUGGUGGAACUGAAGGCAGCUCUGUCUCCUUAGCAGAAAUUGACAAAACCUCAGGGAUUGGUCCCACAUCUCGACUCCAUUCCUCUUCCGGAGUGACUAGCCAGUUCAGAUAUCCCAGUGUUGACAGCAAAGAAGCAAAAGCCCAUUCACCCGAGAGUGGGAACAUGGAAAAUUGUCUCAGAGAGACCCAGCAAGAAGUAAGCAAACCUGAGGCCAAUGAAAACCCAGAUUCUUCAGGGAAGAUAGAGAAAUGUAGUGUUCCUCUGAGCAGGCUAAAGAUGAUGUUUGAGAGGGGAGAUGCAAACCAGACAAAGGUGCUUCGUGACCAGGGCAGGGCUGCUGUUAGUAGGAGAAUCUCAGAGAACAGCUUUUCAUCGGAGGACCUUGACUUCAGUUCUGGAGAAAGAAACCACAACGCCUCAGGUCAUCUUCCAUGCAGCUCUCCGACAUCCAGCCCAGAGAGCAGGAAAAACCAGGAGACAUCUCGUUUGCCAGAAACGUCAGUCAAGGAUAGACUUGCUAAAUACCAGGCAGCUGUAUCCAAGCAGGGCAGCGCCAGCAAUCAGUUGAAUGAGAUUCGAACCAAUGAAAAUGAAGUCAAGAAUUACAGUUGUGAGCUGAAAGAAAAUUGGCCUCCAAGCGCUGAAGAUUUCUUUCCACAGCAGGAUGGGGAGAAGGUUGCCAUAGGUGAUGGUCUGAAUUUCAGCCUCUGUGAAGAUAGCACCAAUGGAUUUAACUCCCAGAAAGAAAUUGAAGCCCUGAGGUCAGUCUAUGCCAAACAGAGUCCAGAUUCUAAAACAUCCAGCCAGCCAGAUACUUCUCUGCCCAAAUCAGUGAAGAAGUUCCAGCUGCCAGCAAAGGAAACAUGCUUUGCGUGCAAGAAGACAGUUUAUCCGAUGGAGCGCCUCUUUGCCAACCAGCAAGUUUACCAUAUCAGCUGCUUCCGCUGUUCUUACUGUAACAGCAGACUCACGCUUGGAACAUAUGCAUCUCUUCAUGGCAGCAUUUACUGCAAGCCUCAUUUUAACCAGCUCUUUAAAUCCAAAGGCAACUAUGAUGAAGGCUUUGGGCAUAAGCCACACAAGGAACUAUGGGUAAGCAAAACAGAGAAUGAAGAAUCCCCAGAGAAACCUGCUUCUGUUGGGAGUGCAACAGAUGGUCCCCAAAGUCCUGGGGUAGAGGAUGCACCAAUUGCAAAAGUUGGAGUUCUGGCGGCCAGCAUGGAAGCGAAAGCUGCCGGCAUGCCAGAAAAGGAAGAGAGACCAACUGAAACAAAGAAACUGAAGAUUGCCUGGCCACCACCUGCUGAGCAAGGUAGUCAAGGCAGUGUCUUGGAAGAAGGCAUCAAAGUGUUGAAGCCCAAAUGGCCCCCAGAGGAUGAGGUUUCUAAGCCUGAUAAUGAGGAAGAUGUAGACCAAGACCUUAAAAAAUUACGAAGGUCCUCUUCACUGAAAGAAAGGAGCCGGCCAUUUACAGUGGCAGCCUCUUUUAGAACAAUGUCUGUUAAGAGCCAUAGAACUGAUAGUGGAUCUCAUUCAAAAACUGAAAGGAGUGCUGUCAGGCGACGGGAGGAACUGGCCAAGGAAAUGCUGGUGGAAGACAAGCUGAAUGAGGAAAGCAAGACAGCGAAUCCUGAAAACACCUCCAGUGUAGAAGAGAUGGAAGAGGAGACUAAAGAAUUGGAGAAAGAGAAGGGAGAGGCAGGAGGAGGGGGAGGAGAGAGUCUGGUUGCAAAUGGCCAGGGGGGUGCAGAGAUGGAUGAGGAAGAAGAAAAUGUGGAAAAGCAGUCUGAGUCUUUGGGAAAAGCUGCAUCUAUUCUUACAUCUCCUACGCAUGUAGUCCUCAGUUCUGCAACCACAAGAGAUUUAUCCUUUAGUCCAAAUCGUAAAUCUCAAGAUGUUGGCUUUUUUGAAGGCGAAGACCUGGAAGAUUUGACAGUGGAAGAACAGAUCAAGAGGAACAGAUACUAUGAGGACGAGGAGGAGGAAGGAGAAUAAAUUUGCUUUACUAGAGAACUUACUGCAAGGUGCUGGGCCUUAAAUUAAUGUGUGCGUUUAAUUGGGGUGGGGGGGGUGUUCUUUUUUCCUAAAAGUGGCUGCCCUCUGCAGAAAUAACAGUGCCACAAGUUGACACAUAAGGGAAACCAUGAAGACUUGCUCAGAUUUGUAUUGCAUAGGAAAGUUCAUUGGAAACCUGCAAGAAUGUAAUUAAUUUUGUGGAAAUUAAUUAGUUUGCAUUAAAACUAUCGGUGUGGGGAUAGCUGCUACCACUUCAAUUGAGCAAAACUACACUUUUUUUGAGAACCCAUUCAAUAUCCUAAUAACUUCUUUAAUAAGUUUAUCCGCUUCUGCUUUCAGUAGCUUGAAAUUUUUACAGAAUUUUGCUAUAAUCCAUGAAGCUGAAGUGGAGGAAACAGGCUUCUUCUUUUGAAGUACACUACCACUAACAAUCAGAUUUCAGUGCUUAGGGACCAAUUCUGAAGGGAGGGAGGGGGGGGGGACAGAGUUUGCUUUAAAUGGUGACUGCACUUUAAUAUAUGUGUAAAGGCACAAUGGAUAACUGGGAUACGUUUUAAUAGUGAAAACACUGUUUUCUAGAUGUCCAGCAACUAUGUAUCUUAAAUAUGCAGUCAGAGUGAUUUUAUGCUUGGCAGCAAUCAGGAGAGAAACUUUCUUUGCACUUUGCUCUUUUGCAUGCAACUUUUGUUGUUGCAAAUCAGGACCUAGGUGAAUCUGAGCCUCCUGGCUGGCCAGUGUGACAAAGUACUGUCCUCAUAUUUAGAUUAGAACCAUGACCUUUUAAUUUCCAAGAAGAAUACUAAAUUGAGGAACUGUCUGUGUAGAGGGCAAAUCUUCUGUCCAGUGUAUUACUACUUGCAUUCCACAUUUUUGUCUUCCUGAUUCAUAUUUUCUACUUGAAGCUUCCACUCUCCUUUAUGACUCUUGGAUGCAAAUCCUAAAUUAAGAAAUUCUACAUGCACCAAACUGCCAGAUAUUAAGAAUCAGCAUAAAAAUUACACAUGCAGAACAAAUAAAAGCUGCAUGAUUAAAAAAGACACCAUAGUGAGAUUUUUCUUGGGACUGAUUCUCCUAGCAUUGUGUGUGUUAGUGUUUUUCAACAUGACUGCAUGUAUUUUAUAAAUCAUAGUAUUUUUGAGCUGGGUGGAGGGGUUUUUCUCCAGUAGUUUUUAAUCUUUUGUAAUUUGUUUACUUAAAUUAGCUCUAACUAUAUUUUAGACUUGUAAAAUAUUCUGCUUUCUUACAAUCUUGCCGAGUAUGAAACAUUUUUAUUCAAUAAAGGCUCUGUCAUUUUUACUGUU